AUGGCACCACCACCAACCGAUGCACUUGAGAAACAGAUCUCAGAAUUGAAUAUUGAUGAAAAUGCCCCAAAUGUUAUUCACCAGAAGAAUCUUGCUGCUGAAAGAUUAAACAAAGCCAAAACAAGGCGUGAUCAAGAGAUUCAAUCUUUGAAGGACGAACAGGCAAGUAAUGCUAAGAAAGGUGAAUUGAUUCAGCUACAUUCCGGUCUUGUCGAUGAAUGCAGACAAUAUGUACAAAGAUUUGUUGACCAGCAGAUGGAUUGGACUAAUAUGGAGUUGGCAAUCAAGCUCGAGAAGAAGAGGCCAGGGUCGAUUGCCAGAUAUAUAGAAUUGCCAUUGCAUUUGAAGGAGAAUCGAUUUGUUAUCAGAUUAAAAGAUCCUGAAAACGGUAUUGAAAGCAAUGGUAAAAUUACUUCUGAUAGUGAGCCUGAUAGUGAGUCUGAUAGUGAGUCUGAUAGUGAGUCUGACAGCGACUCCGACUCAGAUAAUAGCUCCGACGGCGAUGAAGAGAACGAGAGGAGUGAUUCGAAAGGAACUUCUACAUCCGAAAGUCACCCCAAAGACAAGUACACAAACGAGGGAACACCCGUGAGCAUUGAUUACACUUUGAGCUCCUAUGCCAAUGCUAGUGUGUAUUUUGAAAAUAAGAAAGCAGCGGAAGCCAAGCAAACCAAGGUUGAAAAGGGUGCGGAAAUUGCUUACAAGAAUGCUGAAAAGAAGAUCAACCAGGAUUUGGUGAAAAACUUGAGACGCGAGAAUGGAACUUCUUCCAAGCUGGAGAGAGAAAAAUUUUGGUUUGAAUCAUUCUAUUGGUUUGUUUCCAGUGAAGGAUAUUUAUGUUUAGCUGGUAGGACCAAGUCACAAAUUGAUUUGCUCUAUUUCAAGUACUUUAGCGAUGACGACUUUUUUGUGAGCUCGGAAAUUGAAGGGUCGUUGAAGGUGUUUGUCAAGAAUCCACUAAAAGGGGAGUCGGUACCACCAUCUACCAUUUUACAAGCGGGAAUUUUUGCAAUGUCAGCAUCGCAAGCUUGGAAUGGGAAGAUUAAUACUGCAGCUUGGGUCUUGCAUGGAAGUGAGGUGUCUAAAUACAACCAAUCUGGUGCUUUGCUUCCUCCUGGUGAAUUUGAAUACCUUGCCAGAAAACACUUCCUCCCCCCAGCACAACUAGUAAUGGGCUUUGGAUUGUACUUUUUGGUUGAUGAAGGGUCUGCUGAGGGACAUAAGCAGCAACGAGUUCAAAAAGAGAAAGAGCAUGGUUUAGUAAGAAUAUUGGAUAAUAAGAAACGAGUUUUUGAAAAGACAAAAGUGACCAAUGUAAAAGCAGAGGAGGCUGUAGUACAACCUGAGCAGGAACAUGAGGGGAAGAAGACCGAAAGUGAGGACGCUGCAUCCACCAGGGGUAAGAAGCCUAAAUCGAAAAAGAAUGCUUCCAAGUAUGAUGACUUAGAUGAUGAAGAGAAGGAGUUGAGGAUGAAGCUAUUGGGAAUUGGCAAGAAGAAGAAGGAUGCCCAAAAGGAGAAAAAAUUGUUGCUGCAAAAACCUAAUGCAAACAAUGGAGCAAAUGACGUAAACAGACAAAAACAUGAAGAAGAGGUGCAGGAGUACUUACUAGAGGCAGAUGUUGCUAACAAAACCCUCUCGUCUUUCUUUGACACUUUGGAUCACUUAACACCCAAACCUGCAGUUGGUGAUACUGUACUUGACAUAGUUCCAGUAUUUGCACCAUGGUCUGCUUUGCAAAAGCUCAAAUAUAAAGCCAAAAUCCAACCCGGGUUGGCUAAAAAGGGCAAAUCGAUUAAUGAAAUUAUCAACUAUUUCACAAAUAGACGCAUGGAUAACAGCAGAUCGGACCCUGAUUUGGAUUGGCCAGCUGAAAGAGAACUUGUUAACGCAGUCAAGCCUAAUGAUUUGAUGGGUGUGUUUACUGUAAACAAGAUGAGGCUAAUAGUACCUAAAAAUAAGUAG